AUGGCGGCGACUAAGGAGAGGCGGCGGCGGCGGUGGCUGCGCGGCGCUGGGGCGGCGGCGGGGGCCUUGGGGCAGUCCGAGGGUGCGGUGAAGAGCCGCGUCGGCGUCAGGCCCGCCCCGGCCAAUCAGCGCCGCCCGCCCCGAGCCCGCUCCUUCCGGUGGGCGCGGGACCCCGCCCCUGCUGUGGGGGAGGGGCGGCCGCUGGAGGCCCUCGCGCGCUCUGGCGGAGCUCGAGAGCGGGGACCGCUGCGGAGAAGCCCUUGUGACACCUUGCUGCAGAUUGGGAAGCUGCAGAUUGGGAAGGUGGAAGGUGGAGACGCGGUCCUUAGGUGGUCGAGCGCAUUUUCUCUUCCUCAGAGUCCAGGAAGGAGGGCGAUGGAGAAGUGGGGCGCACGGCGGGUUUCGGGUCCGCCCCUGCCCUUCCGACUCCUCCGACCACGUCUGCCUUUGGCUGAAAGCAAAUAUGGCUCCGUGUGCAGUUUCUGCAACAAAGGCUGGGCGGGCCGGGUUUCCCUAGGGAUGGGGACCGCCUCCCCGGGGAGUCGUGGGGGUGAGCCACCGGGGCCUCCGAGAGAAUCGCUGGUGUCGCUUCGCACCCAAGGGACACAUCUCGGGUUAGAAAGGAGAAGCGACGUGGAUCUAAAGGCGAAGCCCAUGCUGAGGACUUUUCAAAAUGGCCUCUUAUCGGCCCCACUCACAGGAGCUUCAGGCUUCGGUGGCCCUGUAGGACAACCCUGGGGUGUCAUUGGAGAGAAGCUGACGGGGUUAAUGGCGGGUGACAGGUGAAAGAGACCCCGGAGGGGUGGGGCCAGUGUGUGUGGCUUGCAGCUGAGUCCCAGGCACAGGGUGGAUGUGAAUUUAUGGGUGGCAGAGCUACAGCUAGGCCCUGCCCUUACCUAGGUCCUGGC